AUGGAUGAUAAAAAACCAGCAAGACCAUUAAGCAAACACCUAGAUCUACCUCCUCCUCCUCCACCAUCUCCUGUUGUAGCUUUAGCCAUUAAUGGAAAGAAGAAGAGCAAAUAUGUCGUCUUUUGGGCUCUUGAUAAGUUCAUCCCGGAAGGCUUCUCUGAUUUCAAACUGCUCUAUGUUCGUCCUCCUGUCACCUACAUUCCUACCCCAAUGGGGAAUGCAAUAUCAAUAACGGAGCUUAGAGAUGAUGUAGUAUCAGCUUACAAACAAGAAGUAGAUUGGAACACAAACGAGAUGCUUUGUCCUUACAAGAGAAUGUUUGAACGGAGAAAGGUGCAAGUAGAGAUUCUGGUACUGGAAUCACACGAGCCUGCAGCUGCAAUAGCCAAAGAGAUUUCUGAAACUGGAGUCACUAAACUCGUUAUAGGAAUGUCUCUUCUCGGAUUCUUCUCCAGAAAGAUUGAUAUGUCUUCCAUGAUAGCAACCGCGGUUCCAAGAUUCUGCACCGUCUAUGUUGUCUCAAAGGGGAAGCUAGCUUCUGUGCGUCCUUCAGAUUCAGACGCUAGCAUAAGAUACGAGAGAAGCAGUACCACUAGUGGUUCCACUGAUAGUCCUAGAGCCCCUUCUGAGCACCCUGUUUCGGAAGCGCAAUCAAGAUUCUCUUCUUUACCGGAGAUGAGCAGAAGCACGGUGGUUCAAAUGGAUACGAGUUCAAGCGAGACGGAGCAGAGCGGUAAUGAAGGGAAGAAGAGUAUCAAUAGCAAUGAGAGCUUCAGUGCAUCGUUUCCAAUGGGAGCAGAGGCGUAUCACGCUAUGAGCUGGACUUGUAAGUGGAGAGAUCAUGAGGACAGGAGAGAGAUCAUGAGCUCGUGUUCGAGCAACAACCACGAAGUGGCCAAUAUGGAUUGGGGUUCAGUAGUUCCUGAGAACUAUUCUUUUGUUUCUCAUCAAGCCAGUGCCGUCCCGAAAUAUCCGGUGGCCUAA